AUGGUUCAUUUCAGCAUCGUUUUGAUUGAAAUUUUGAAUGUCGACAUUAAAAUUGCUCAAUUUCCUGACCGUAUUGAUAAAAUAUUAUAUGUUGGUGAAAAUAUGCAAGGGCCAUAUCCGGUUACCAUAGGAGUACUGAGAGUUAUCGCUGCAGAUUCAGGACUGAACGAAACCCUGUCUUAUUCACUCGUUCAGGGUAACAGCACGCUAUUUCGAGUGAUACCACAAACAGGCAAGCUGCAAAUCACAGAACCGCUCAAUUACGAAAUACAGGACCGAUAUGAAUUGGUUGUGCAAGCAAAUGAUCAUACUGUUUCGAGACGCUGCAGUACAAUGAUUAUAGUUACUGUUGUAGUACUGGAUGUAAAUGACAAUGUACCAAUCUUCGAGCAGCCUCGGUACUACAUUGAAGUGAUGGAAAAUAAGCCUGUUGAAAAGAAUUUAACAUUAUUGUGUCUGAAAGCAACAGAUAAUGAUAAGCAGGAAUUCUCGAUGAUAAGGUAA